AUGGAUUCAUUGUCAUGUUGUCUUUCAUUGCAGGAGGAGCUGAAGCGCGAUCUCAUUAAACUGCGGCGGGAGAAGGAGAAAGCUCAGGUUGCGGCUGCGGCUGCAGCUGCACAAGCUGCUGCGGCCGCCAGUGCACACGUCUCCUCGCACACAGCCACGGUCACGUCCCCCUCCUCCUCACACAAACGCAAGCGGGAUGAGGAGAGAGACGCCUCCAAGUACAAACGCAAAAAGAUGAUCUCCACUACCUCAAAGGACAGCAAGAGGGACAUCAAGCUAUACUGCAUCUGCAAGACGCCCUACGAUGAGUCCAAGUUCUACAUUGGUUGUGACCUCUGCUCUAACUGGUAUCAUGGAGAGUGUGUGGGCAUCACCGAGAAAGAGGCCAAGAAGAUGGACGACUACAUCUGUUCAGAAUGUAAACGAGCUCAGGAGGGAAGCACAGAGGAGCUCUACUGCAUCUGCAGAACUCCAUACGACGAGUCCCAGUUCUACAUCGGUUGCGAUCGCUGUCAGAACUGGUACCACGGGCGCUGCGUGGGCAUCCUACAGAGCGAAGCCACACAUAUCGACGAGUAUGUGUGCCCGCAGUGCCAGUCUACAGAGGAUGCCAUGACGGUCUUGACUCCACUCACAGAUAAAGACUACGAGGGGCUGAAGCGGAUCCUGCGCUCCUUACAGGUUCGUAUGGCGUCUUGGCUGUUUGGAAUUUUAGAGCCGGGGUUUAGUUUGGAAUGGGACACAAUGCAGAAGUGUUUCAUUGAUUUUAACCCUUAA